AUGUAUCACUAUUAUGUGAUUGCAGGAGGAAUGAUUCUUGGCUUUAUAGCUUUGGCUGUAUUGAAUAAGACUGAAACUUAAUAAAAAAAAGUAAAAGUUGAAGGUGAGGAUGAUGAAGAGCAUACUAAAUUGAAAUAAUAAAAUUAAUAAGAAUAAUCAAAUAAAUUUGACUCAUAAACUACAAAUGAUGAUAUGGAGGCUCUGAGGUAAAGAAAAAUAGAAGCUGAUGAAAGAAAAAAUAAAAUAUUUAAGAAUCUCUCAAUUGAAGAUAGACAAUUAGUAGAAGAUUAUUUUAAAAAAUAAGCAAAGCAAUAUUUAACUGGUGAGGUUACAACAUCGGAUAGAAGAGCAGCUAAAUUAAUUAAUAUUGUCAAAUAUUCUCUUUAUAUACUUUUUGCUUUGGGUUUGUACAUGAGUCUAACUAUUGCGUUUAAAACAACUUCACCUUUAAUGAUUAUAGAAAACCUCAAACAUUUAGUCAGAGCAUUUUUAUAGCAAUUAUUCGUCAAGGGAUGA